UACAGCACCACCCUUAAAACCAGCCUCCCUCCUCCCCAAUAAUUCAGUUGACCAGCGUCGCAACUAAGCGAUGCACUUUCCAGACAGCUUCCCUAUGUACACACAAUAGACGGGGUUUUCAGAUGUUUUUAUUUGUAACUGAAAACUAACACUAGGCUAAAGUAGCUAAUCCUUAGCAGCAACACAUCGACGAGACAGAGGCGAUCCAGUUGGAUGAUUUUUACGCGCACUUAUUUCUUCCUCGCCUACGCCUAGGCAAAAGACAACCCUCGAAUAAUCGAUGGUAAGCGAGGCACACUCUUUGGAGAAGUUGAGUUGUGUCCAAGGAUCGCCUGGGAAAUAGAAGAGAGACGUCAGAAGGGAGUAGCAGAUCACGGAGAAGAGAGAUAACGGUCUGACACGUUCACCUCGGACGGCUUAAGAGUCGGGCGAGAGACCCCGGGGAGCCAUGCUGUCCUUAGACGAGCCCCUGGACCUGAAGCUGCCUUCAGGCCGGACCGACGGACACCUGAGGGCGGGCAAGAGGACCUGCUCGGCCUCCAUCUGUGCCCCGCUCAGCGCGGCACGCCAGCGUCUCUUACGCACCGCCUUCCCUUCUCCGCCCUCCUCCCCAGACUCCCGCUGCCCGUCACAAGAGCGACCCAGGUCCUGCUGCACCCCCCCAGCAAUGGAUCUCAGCCUGUCCCCCUCCAGCCGCCACCACACCUCCCCCUCUCCCUCCUGCUUCUCCCCCUGCCCCCCCUCCCCCACCUCCCCCCGGGGCUCCCCUCACAGCAGUAGCAGCCCUCUGCCCUCCCCCUUCUCCCGGGAGCCAUCCACUCAGCACUACAUCGAGGGAAGAGGGUCCCCUGAUGGCUAUCCCUUUUACCUGCCAAUCAAAGGCCAAGGGGGCGGUUAUAACUUCCCCUCCUCCGUGUUCAUCGGUCGGACCAGGGAAAGCCACGAGCUCUCAACGUCGGACGACCAAUUGGCCUGCCGCUGGAUGAAAUGCCACCUGCUCUUUGACACGCUUCAGGAGCUGGUGGACCACAUCAACGACCACCACGUGAAGCCUGAAAAGGAUUCUGGGUACUGCUGUCAGUGGGAGGGCUGUGCCCGCAACGGCCGAGGCUUCAACGCCAGGUACAAAAUGCUGAUUCACAUCAGGACUCACACCAACGAGAAGCCGCACCACUGUCCAACCUGCCACAAGAGCUUCUCGCGCCUCGAGAAUCUGAAAAUACACACCCGCUCGCACACAGGAGAGAAGCCCUACAUCUGCCCCUACGAGGGCUGCAGCAAGCGCUACUCCAACUCCAGCGACCGCUUCAAGCACACGCGCACCCACUACGUGGACAAGCCCUACCGCUGCAAGAUGAACGGCUGCCACAAGCGCUACACCGACCCCAGCUCCCUGCGCAAGCACAUCAAGGCCCACGGACACUUCGUGGCCCAGGAGCUGCGCCUGGCGGCCGGUCGGGCGGGGCCGCUGGCGGGCGAAGCGGCGGGGGGCCGAGGGUCCGCGUGGCAGGCCCACCGGGGGGCCCGGCCGGACGGCGGGGACGGGCCGUUCGUCGGCCGGACCCACGUCAUCAUGCCCGCGGCCGCGGCCGCCCUCCUGGGGGGGCUCGGCGCCUCGCUGCCGCUGUCGGCCCUCUGCCACGCGGGCGCCUUCGGGCGGUCGCCGGACGCCCGGCUCGUGUCCCUGGGGACGGCGGGGGGAGGGGGGCUGAGCCUGAGCGACUCCCUCCGGAGCCCCGUGGGGCUCUCGGCUGCCUCCCUGCUGGGACUGCACCCCCCGCUGGUAGCCAGGGGGGGAGCGGGUGAGGAGGGGGAGGGGAAGGAGCUGGGGAGGCGGGAGGCUAGGGUGUUCAACCUAUCAGUGGGGAUGGGGGGCCGAGUGGGAGACACCCUCCCGUGGCUCAUGGUUCCUCCCUCUGCCUUCCUCCUGAGGCCGGUUGUUGGCAGCUAG